ACCAGUUGCGCCCAGAGCAAGCCAGUCACAAGGAAGGAAUAGUACGGGCUGAGGAAUACCACUGCAGCAAUGGAAAGAGCAGGAGACACUGUGGAAAGUGUUAUCUCAGGGAAUUUGGAUUUCAGACUACAGCAUAAGGUCCAGGAAGAUCUAUAUGCAAGUGAAAACAAGCAGAAGAAUGUCAGUGGAAGACAGUCAACUGUUAGAGAAAAAGCCAAACUCUGGGAAUUUCCCUCCGAACACGACAUGGCUUCUUCCCACACAAGUUGUGCAGGACGACAGAAUCCAAGACAGCAACACAAAUUUGAGGAAGUUUCCCUCCGAAGUGGAGGCAGGCAGAACAGUAGUUCUGGAGGACAACAGAAUGAAGGCCAACAACACAAAUUUCAGGAAGUUCCCCAGCAAUCUGAAUCUGAACACCAGCAAGACUCUUCUUCAUAUGGCUCAAACCCUUACACUGCCCUCGUGGACUGCCUGCGUGCCACCUGGCUAACAGGAAAGACACGGUCCAUGCCCUAUCGGAGGACACAGCUGGAGGCACUGGCCUGCUUUCUGGAGGAGAAGAGGUGUGAAAUCCUGCAUGCCGUGAACGCAGACAUGCGCAGGUCUGCUUUUGAAGGAGAAAUUGCUGAAGUUUCUCUUGUUAUGAACGAAGUGAACAAUGCACUCAACUGCCUGCAUGACUGGAUGGCAGAUGAGUGUGUGAACAAGAAUCUGGCCACCCUGUUUGAGUCUGCCAUCAUCCGCAAGGACCCCUAUGGCGUGGUGCUCAUCGUUUCACCCUUUAAUUUCCCCUUUCACCUCACCUUGAUCCCUCUGGUGGGGGCCAUUGCAGCUGGGAACUGCGUGAUUGUGAAACCUUCAGAGCAAAGCAGCUGCAGUGAAAAGCUCCUGGCUGAAGUACUGCCUACCUACCUUGACCCAGAUACCUUUGCUGUGGUGACAGGUGGCCAUGAACAAACUGCCAGAUUACUGGAGAACAAGUUUGAUUACAUCUUCUUUACAGGGAGUACCAAUGUUGGGAAAGUUGUCAUGAGUGCAGCAGCCAAACAUCUGACACCGUUGACUCUGGAGCUGGGAGGCCAAAAUCCCUGCUAUGUGGAUUGCUGCUGCAAUUUCCAGAAUGCAGCCAACAGAAUAGUAUGGACAAAGUUCGUCAAUGCUGGACAGAGCUGCCUUGCACCAAAUUACGUGAUUUGUACUGCUGAUACUCAAGACAGGCUGAUCCCAUGCUUACGUCAUGCUAUUCGUUGUUUCUAUGGCUGCAAUCCUCAGGAAUCACCUGACUUUGCCCGCAUGAUCAACGACAAGCAUUUCCAACGUGUCCGUGCACUUCUAGACUGUGGCCGAGUGGCCAUUGGUGGGGAGACAGAUGAGUGUGACCGUUACAUUGCUCCCACAGUGCUGGCUGAUGUUAAGGAAUGGGAACCAGUCAUGCAGCAGGAAAUCUUCGGGCCUAUCUUGCCCAUUUUCACCGUGGCAGGCUUGGAAGAAGCCAUUCAAUAUAUCAAUUGCAGGGACCGCCCACUGCUUGCCUAUGCUUACUCCUGUAACCGCCAGAUUUUGCACCGGGUAUUGGACUGCACCAGCAGUGGUUGCUUUUCUGGGAAUGAUGGCCUGAUGCAUAUGACGUUGGUCUCCCUACCGUUUGGUGGACUUGGAUGCAGUGGGCUUGGCAAAUAUCAUGGCAGGUUCAGCUUCGACACUUUUACUCACCAACGUGGCUGCAUGAUUCGCUCCAUGGCCUUUGAAACAGUCAACUCUGUACGCUACCCACCCUACACUGAAAGCAAGCUGCGAAUACUGAAGUUUGGCACGGAUGUGAGGCGCUGGAACCCUUGCACCCUGCUGUGAAUGAACUCCCUCAACAGCAGAGGCCUUUUGUUCAGAUGGGCUGCUAGAAGGAACUGAGCUGCAGCCCGCAGGAGAGAAGGACCGUUUCUGUCUCCUUUGCUGUUUGUAGAAUCUAGUGACACCUCCUAAAAAAGGCUACUGCAAAGGCUUGGCCUUCUCCAGAAACCUUGCCCCCUGACUUGGCUCCCGGCCAGUUAUCUUACCUCUAACCUUGCACCCAUUAUAAUCUCACUCUUGUAGGUCUUGUGUAUAAAUGUUCAGUGUGGUACUAGGUAGGACAUAUCUGUGUUGCUCCUGUCUAUCUUUGCCCAUUGCUGGGAAGGGUAAGAAAAUGCAAAGGACUAGUAAAUGUGGUUUAAUGCAAUUGAACGAUACACCCUCCAUUCCUACGCUGAAUUUUCUCCAAUUAGGACAAACCAGUACCAUUAACCGAAGACAGUGCAAAGUGUUGCUUCAGGAUGGCAGUUUAAUUUCCAUUUGAAUUAUUUUAUGAAAACCAGUUCUGCACCUGAUUUAGUUUCCAGUCCUUUUCCAAGAGGACUGUCCCAUCUGUUUAGUGAAGUAGUCGUCUACAUUAGUGUAACCAAAUUAGUACAAUGAAAGCAGAAGGACGAAUACUGAGGUCUCUAAGGAAUGAUAACAGAAUGUAUGGAUGAAAGUGUAAAGGCAGUUUAAGUCCAAACAGAUUCAGAAGUAGAACCAAUGCAAGCAGUCCUUCUGUUACUCAUGUAUCUCCCAUGUAGCCAAGCUUGCUUUCAUAGAGAUAACUUUUCUGGCAGGCCACAAUUUUUUCACUAUCACUUUCUGCACAGUAAUCAUACCCAGAAUUCAGAUCCCCCCCCCCCCAUCAAUAGCUGCAGCUUGCACCUAAGAAAUAAAGCCUACCAAAUUCAAAAGGACUUUCUCCAUAGUAACUAUGUUUAGGAUUGCAGCCUUACUGACAUGUCUUGCAUAGCUCUGCCGUUUGCAAGUCCGUGUUUUGCUUCUGUAAUAAAGAUCUCACAU